AUGUAUCAGUUCCAUCUUUUUCUGGUGUUCUCAAAGGUAACUUUUUUUCAAAUCUUCGCUUGGUUUGCCUAAUGCCAAAAUAACUUUCAGAUGGCUAUGGAUAAGAAAUUCGAAACCGAGAAGGUGAAGAGAUUCGCGUUUUUCGGAAUCGCUGUCUCCACGGUGUCUACCCUCACCGCCAUCGUCGCCGUGCCAAUGCUCUGUCUCUACCUCCAAUCCGUCUCCUCUUCUCUUCAAGAUGAAGUCAACUUCUGUCGUGUCCGUGCCUCUUCUCUUGAGGGUGAGCUCGCCAAGCUCAACGUCGUCCGUGCGCCAAGAAAGGCCCGCGCCGCAUCGGAGGGAACCUGCUGCUCUUGCGGAGUUGGGCAAGCCGGACCACCAGGACCACCAGGAUUCGAAGGAACUCCAGGAAAGGACGGAUCUAACGGACGUCCAGGAAACCCAGGAGAGGACGCCGAUGGCGACGAUUACAAGCCAGACGCCAGCCAGUUCUGCUUCGACUGCCCAGAAGCCCCAGCUGGACCACCAGGACGUCCAGGACCAGACGGAGACAACGGAGCCGCCGGAGAGCCAGGACGCGACGGACUUUCCGGACGACCAGGAGCGCGCGGACCACCAGGACCACGUGGACCAUCUGGAAACCCAGGAUCUGACGGACCAGCCGGACCAAUCGGACCACAAGGAGGAUCUUCCGUGCAGCCCUCUCCAGCCGGAGAGCCAGGAGCACCAGGAACCCCAGGACCACAGGGACCAGCAGGACCAGCCGGUCGUCCAGGACGCGACGGACAGCCAGGACAGCCAGGAGAGCAGGGACAAAACGGUCCGGAUGGAGCUCCAGGAAAGCCAGGAUCCGAUGGACAGCCAGGAGCGCCAGGGCAAGAGGGAUCCCGCGGAGGAUGCGACCACUGCCCACCGCCAAGAACCGCCCCAGGAUAUUAA